AAGUCCGUAUUUCUCAAUCUUAAAUACAUGUAUAAAGUCACCUUCCUCAUUCUGGAGGCGGCUGCUGCAAGAAAUGUCGACGUUGUUGAGGCCCUGCUGGACAAUUUUGAUGAUGUCAACAGAACGGAUUGUCAGGGGUUCACAGUUCUUCACAGAGUAGCCCAGUGUUGUGGUUCACAAUCAGUGGCUAUAGUUCGCUGUCUGAUUGAAAAGGGAGCCGAUGUAGACAAAAAGUGUCCAAACGGUAACACAGCCAUACAACUCGCAGCGAAAAGCAACAACUGGCUGAUUGUCCAGCAUCUACUGAUGUACAGAGCUAGCACCCAGAAUCUUGACGAUGAAGGUAUGUCAGUUUUACACAGACUGAUAUGCCAGCCAUGCUUACGUUGUCAGAAAUGCCGCGAUGGUCCUCCUGCUAAAAGGCCAGUCCACCUGCUAGGUGCGAUAUUAGCCAACGGUGCCUCGACUGGUCAGAAAGACUGCAAUAAUAACAGCCCAUUACAUCUUGCUAUCAAGUAUGAACACUGGGACAUCGCGAUAGAACUGAUGUCGAGAGGGGCUCGCUUGAAUGAGCCGGAUUCUGAAGGCUGCACUGUCUUGCACAUUCUUGCAAAGAGAAAUAACUCGAUUCGGGGCGAGAUGGCUUUCGAGAAAAACUGUGUAGCUUGCUGUUUAGAGAGUGAUGAAAAUAGUACAUUUUAUUUUCUAUUUUCUACACUUGCUAAACAAAAUAUUAAUCAUCUAGAUAUGUGCAACACGAUCAUAGAUCACUCAAACAUCGUAGAUAGCAGAGAUCAUCAUGGAAAUACAGCAUUGAUUUUGUCGGCAAAGUACAAUAACUUGGACAUCACAGAGCAACUGUUGACUGAAGGAGCAAAACCUGGCUUAGUAAAUUGUAAUGGACUGUCUACUCUCCAUACUCUUGCUAUGGCUAAACAUUCCCCAAGUAAUGCUGUGCAAAAUAAAAUAGUAAAACAAUUGACUUCCUGUCCUGUUGACGCCAAAGCACGUGACCCAGAGGGCAACACGCCGAUACAAGUGGCUGCGAAGCACGGAAACAUGGACAUGGUGGAGCAGCUCUUGGAGUUUCACGACAACGUCAACGAGACUGACAGCGAGGGCUUCACCUUGUUGUCGAGAGUCGCUCAGACCUCGUCCCCCAAAUGUGAGGACAUCGCCAGGCAGCUGGUGAGGAAAGGUGCUGACGUCAACAGGACGUGUCCAGACGGCAAGUCUCCGCUACUACUGUCUGUGAUAGCCAGUAACUGGCCAGUAACAUUCCAACUGUGGCGUUCAACGUCUACAAAUAAUAUGGAUACUGCACUGCAAGAGCAAUACAUCAUUCUGCAUCGCCUCAUUGAAAGUGUAAACCAGCGAACAUACACUUUAAUAGAGUUUGCUCGUGAAGCAAUAAACUCAAAUAAAGAGAUACUAAUGCACAGGUCACCAGAUGGAGCAACAGCUUUACAGCUUGCAAUCAUUAAAAAAGAUUGGAAGCUUGCUGCGCCGAUUCUUGAGCGUAGUGAAUAUCUAGAUAUAGAAUCUCUCACAGGGAGCUCUGUAUUCCACGUUUUAGCAGAAAUUGCAUCCCACAUGAGUGACCCAAACCUAAUCCUCAGUCUGAUGCCUGAUAAGAAUGUGAACAUAAACUUGAGGGAUAAUAAUGACGACACUCCUUUACAUAUACUAGCUAAUAACAACUGCUGGAGCUUUAUCAAAGCCUUUGUUGAACACGGAGCAGAUGUGAACAUGCCUGACGGCGAGGGGUGGACUGUACUUCAUAAACUAGCCAAAGAUAUUUGGAAGGAUCUCUCUAACAUUUUAAUUGAGCUAGUGGAAUGUGGCGCAGAUAUAGACAAGCCAGGACCAGAAGACAAGACAGUCCUGAUGCUUGCACAGGAGGAAGAAAACUGGCCCGUGUUUUGGCAACUCUUACAGUUAGGAGCUUCCUACGACUGGCAUCAAGCUGAAAAAGGUUUACUUCUUAAACAUUUAUGUGAUUUUCCAAAAAGCAAUCUCAAAGCAGAAGAACUACAGAAUCGUAGGUUGCCUAACACAACCAAGGGUAAACAGCUCGCUAGGAGCCAAUAUUCCAAGUCAAGCACAAGAUUCCUUAGAAGAAGGCGCGAGAUGUUCUACAACGACUCAAAAGCCUUGUAUCGAGUCUUGCUAGAGAAAGGUGUUAAUCCUUCGUCAGUUGACAAGACUGGAAACUCACUGCUAACACAAAUGAUGAACUACGACAUGCCAACUGUAAAAGUAGUCAAGGUUCAGCAUGAGGAUCAACAUGAGGAUCAACAUGAGGAUCAACAUUACUCCAGUCUUCCAGAAGGCGCGGUGUUGCUGAACUCAGCUUCUGAGGCCGGUAACUGGCAUCUGGUCAGAGAUGUCAUCUCCGAUGCUGACGUCUCACCCAGCGACAUCAGACAGUCUUUUCUCUUACAGAAACUGGAGUCUGCGACUGUUGAUCAUCAUCUUGUCAGAGACAUUCUCAAGGAAAUAUUUUCAAGCAAAGCAAGUGUUCAGACGAUGAAAAGCAUCGCCCAAGACGUUUUGAUUAAAGCGGCUCACUGUGACAACUGGGAAUUCCUGAUUGAUUUUCUCUUGACAACUGAUACUUUGCUUGAAGAUGAGAAAAGCCUGCUCUCAGUAAUACGUCUGAUGGCUUCAAGUCAGAUGCUUCAGGCAAACCCUUUCCUACAUAUGGACGUUUUUACUGCACUGUGGAAACAUGCAAAUCAAAAGAUUAUCGACAGCAAAGACAAGAGUGUUCAAAACACCUUGGUACAGAUGGCGGCGGAACUCAACAUGUGGUCACGUGUCUGUGACCUUCUUGUCACCAAACCGGACCUCAACCUCCUCGACAGGGAAGGUCUGUCAGUCCUACACAGACUCGUCAUGUGUCGUGACAGCAGGUUCGACUCUCUUCUUCCGGUUCUUCUGGAAAAAGGCGCCGACGCCAGCCUCAAGAACUCAGAGGGGAACACGGUGCUUCACAUGGCUGCUAAACAUCAAAAAUUAAAGACACAAAUUAUCGACGAAUAUCAGAAGAAUCGUGCUGAAUCUACAUGUCAGACUUUAACAACACUUGUUGACUCUUGCUGUUACAUAGAUGAUCGUGAUAAUCAAGGAAACACUGCCGCGAUUCUGGCCGCGAAGAACGACAACUGGGAGUUUGCGAUCCUUUUGCUGAAACACGGCGCCCGUACUGAUGUCCGGGACCAGUCGCAGAGAUCCCUCCUGCAUAUUUGUGCCAUGAGGGGAUCGUCUCUGGAUCCUAUCACGUGUGAAACAGUUGUAACUUUAUGUGUCAACAACGGGGCUGCGGUAGAUGACCCAGACGCACAAGGAUGUCCAGCGCUUCAUCUGGCGGUUGAGUCUCACAGCUGGACUGUGUUUGAGGUUCUGGUAAAACUUGGAGCGGACUUUAUGUGUCGAGACAGCCACGGCUACAACGUUCUGCACAAAAUAGCUCAGAUAGAAAGCAAGCAUAUACAUGAUGUUACUUUGUUGUUUACUCUUCUAGUAGACAGACAUGCUGAUUUAAACACGAGGAAUCCAGAGGGUGAUGCCGUUAUUCAUAUUGCUACAAAACUGCAGAACUGGACGAUGGUCAACCACCUGGUGAAUCUUAAACCCGACAUCAAUCUGUCCAACAGUGAAGGCUUCACGAUGUUGCAUCUUCUUGCCCUAUCUAAGCCUCUUUCUCAAGAAGGAAUCUCCGCUGCUCAACAACAGAGACGGCACUUCCAUCUGGCGGCUAGACACGAAAACUGGCUCAUGGUCAAAUACCUGAUACAGCGAGGAGCUAACAUCCUUGAAGUUGACAUCGAAGGUACUUCUGUCCUCCAAAGACUUAUUUGUUCUAACAGUGAGAUCCGUGACAUCGAGAUCUUUCUUAGUUUCCUUCAUGACUAUGGCGACCCAAGCUGUGUACCUAUCGCUGGUGGUAAUACUCUGCUGCAACUUGCCGCCAAGCACGAGAAGUGGGAAAUCGUAGUCUACAUUUUAAAACAUUGGGGAGGGAAUGUCGACCAUCUUGACAGCGAAGGCUGCAGUAUUCUUCACAGAAUGGCAACAAGCCGAGGAAGAACAUUUAAGGAAGGUGAAUGGUGUUUUUCCAUCAAACCUAUCUUUAACAGUUCCACAAAUCUCGACAAGCACGAGCGACAUGACCUUAUCCAUCAGGCGGCUGCUGCAGGAAAUGUAGAUGUUGUAGACGCCCUGUUGGACAAUUUUGAUGACGUCAACAGAGCGGAUAAUGAAGGUUUCACGGUUCUCCACACAGUUGCUCAGUGUUGUGUAUCGACAUCAGUGGCUAUCAUCCGACGUCUUGUCGAGAAAGGCGCGGAUGUAGACAAGAGAUGUCCUGAUGGUAACACAGCUGUACAACUUGCGGCGAAGAGCAACAACUGGCUGGCUGUCCAGCACCUACUGAAGUAUGGCGCAAUGGCUACUACUCUUGACGCUGACGGGACGACGGUCCUACACAGACUGCUUAGUCAGCCACAGUUACAGUGCAAAAAGUGUGUGCUGAGUCCAGAUAUCAAAAUUCCAGUUUUAUUAGUUACUUGUAUACUAUUCCAAGGUGCAUUGAUUAAUCAGAGAGACCUUCAUGAUAACACUCCUUUGCAUCUUGCGGUCAAGAAUGAACACUGGGACAUGGUGACAGAGCUUGUGGCUCGAGGGUCUUCUAUGAACGAACGAGACUCUUGUGGAUACACUGCCCUCCACAUUAUUGCCAAACGCCGGCCGAAAACCAGCAAAACAUUAACUGAGAGCAGUUGUGUUACCUGUUCUAUAAAUUGUUGCUUAAAUGUUCAGAUUUUAAACUCUGAUUUACCCAAUGAAGAGAGUAGUCAUCUUGUCAUAUGCGACUAUUUUGUCGACAACUCAUUUCUUAUUGACCUUCUUGAUCCUGAUGGUAACACAGCACUGAUGCUUUCUGCAAAACACAACAACUGGGACGUUACAGAACGACUCCUGCUUAAAGGUGCUGACGUUUGUAAACUGGAUCUGAAUGGUUUGUCUAUUGUUCAUGUGUUGGCUUCUGUGACACCAAAGUGUGGCAGUAAUCGUUUAAGUCCGGAGCUGUCAAAGAAAAUACUGGAGCUUUUGAUCUCACGUGGUGCUGACGUCAGUGCACCAGACCCAGAAGGCAACACGCCGAUACAAGUUGCUGCGAAGCACGGGAACAUGGACAUGGUGGAGUGGCUCUUGGAGUUUCACGACAACGUCAACGAGACUGACAGCGAGGGCUUCACCUUGUUGUCGAGAGUCGCUCAGACCUCGUCUCCCAAAUGUGAGGACAUCGCCAAGCGACUGUUGGAGAAAGGAGCUGAUGCAAAUAUGACGUGUCGUAACGGCAAGACACCGUUAGAACUGUCAGUGAUAUUCGGCAACUGGAAUAUAACAUUUUUAUUGUCUUCUGAUAGAACAGAUUUCUUAAUAGCAAAUUGUCUUGCUGAAGAGUGUCCACUAGAAAAGGAACUUUUGCUUCAGCUAGUUUCAGCAAAACCAGUUGAUAAAUUGUCACACAUACUUUUAGACGGAAGAUCGGUGAUACAGCUUGCAGUCAUGAUGGGACGGUGGGAACUAGCUGAACAACUUCUUAAAGAUGGAGCUUACACCGACCCAGAGCCUCUACUGGGAGAAUCUCUUUUCCAUGAGUUUGCAGACUGGGCCAUAAUGACGGAGGAUGAUGAGAUGGUAUUGCGUCUGAUGCCUAGCGGUCACCUGAACAUAAACACACGUGACAGCGAUGGUGACACUCCGCUCAACAUCCUGGCAAAAUAUGAUCGGUGGGAGUGGGUACAGCGCAUUGUGGAGCGUGGAGCGGAUAUCAACAUGGCAGACAGCGAAGGGUGGACAGUACUUCACCGACUAGCCAUGUUCCUUAUGUUCUCGACUGAAGAGAGAUUAAAAUCAUGCAAUUUAUUAAAAUCGUUUUGUGAGAAAAGUGCAAAUUUGAAUAUGACUGGGGGCCCUGAAAGCAAAACGGCUUUACAGGUGGCCGUGGAGAGUAACAACUGGACUAUUUUCUGGUAUCUGAUAGACUUAGGAGCACAACAAGACUUGAGUGACGACGAAAAACGUCUAGCUCUUCAAAAUGUGCAUCGUCUACCAAAAAUAUGUGCUUUGAAUAAUAAUCUGACCGUUUUCAUUAGGUAUUUGGUAGAACAAAGCUCACAUUUAUUUCCAGGCAGAGAAGGUCCCUCACCCGUUCUGCAUGCGUUGAAAAACUGUAUGAGGUUUUCCAAAUGGUCGUUGGCGAAAGAACUACUUAAAUGGACUUCUGAGAGUGAUACAAGAGAUUUAAUUGAUGACAUGAAUUUGACGCACAAAAUGGUGAGCCGAUACAAAAAGAAAGAUCACGUGAUCUGGGUGUCUUAUCUGGAUGCGUUAAUUGAGCGAGGCCUUGACAUCAACAGGCGAGAUUGUAACGGUGAAACCGUAUUUACAAACUUUAACGUUUUGUGGAGCUUUGUUAACAACACAUCGGACUCGCUGUUACAGGUUUUGCUCAAACGAGGAGCCGAUCCGUUACUUAUGGACAACGAUGGAUAUUCAUUGCUUGUGCAUGUUAUCAAGUAUUUAAACCUUUUCGAGUUUAAAGCAGUUCUUUCCCUUCUGGAGUUAGGACUAGUCUCCCGUUCGAACCACCUUGAUGGGAAAGAUUCAACCUCACCGACAAGACUGGCAGUUAAAAGCGAAAACAUUCCUGUUUUAAAAAUAUUGAUUGAAUGUGACGUCAGCUGUAACUCCGAGCUCCGCGCCCUCAACGCCGAGUAUCAGAUGAAAAAAGCCCAAGAGGCCGAGAGGAACGAACCUUCGAAAGACCUCAAACAAAUCUGCUUGAUUCUGGAGCAGGCAGCCACUCAGCCCCGAUCUCUGCAGUCUCUCUGUCGGGUCGCUGUGUGUCGCUGUAUACCGUGGGGACUGAGCAGACGAGACAUGGUUCUGUCCCUGCCCAUUCCGAAAGUGCUACACGAAUAUCUGCUGUUUGUUUACGAUAUCUCUGAUCCUGAUGUACAGGCGGCUCUUAACGAACAGACCAGAUCUAAUGAUGAUGAUGAUGAUGAUGAAGACACACGUCAUGACACGUCAUCGCUGGUGGAGCUGGUGGAGCGGCUCUUGGAGUUUCUAGACAACGUCAACGAGACUGACAGCGAGGGCUUCACCUUGUUGUCGAGAGUCGCUCAGACCUCGUCUCCCAAAUGUGAGGACAUCGCAAGGCGACUGUUGGAGAAAGGAGCUGACGUAAAUAUGACGUGUCCUAAGGACGGCAGAUCGCUGAUACAGCUUGCAGUCAUGAUGGGACGGUGGGAGCUAGCUGAACAACUUCUUAAAGAUGGAGCUUACACCAACCCAGAGCCUCUACUAGGAGAAUCUCUUUUCCUUUAUUUUGCAGACUGGGACAUGAUGACGGAGGAUGAUAAGAUUGCAAUGAGUCUGAUGCUUAGAGGCAUAGAAGGUCCCUCACCAGUUCUGCCUGUGUUGAAAACCUGUAUGAGGUUUUCUCAAUGGUCGUUGGCGGAAGAACUACUUCAACGGAUUUCUGAGAGUGAUACAAGAGAAUUAAUUGAAGACAAGGAUUUGAAACAAAAAUUGGUUAAUGCAGUUCUUUCUCUUCUGGAGCUAGGACUGGUCUCCCGUCAGAAUCACCUUGAUGUGGAAGAUUUAACCUCACCGACAAGAAUGGCAGUUAAAAGCAAAAACAUUCCUCUUUUGAAAAUCCUGAUUGAAUGCGACGUCAGCUGUAACUCCGAGCUCCGAGCCCUCAACGCCGAGUAUCAGAUGAAAAAAGCACAAGAGGCCGAUACAAACGAACCCUCAGAUCGCCUCGAACAAAUCUGCUCGAUUCUGGAGCAGGCAGCCACUCAGCCCCGAUCUCUACAGUCUCUCUGUCGGGUCGCUGUAUUCCAUGGGGACUGA